UAGCUUGUUCAGCUGCUCGUCGAAGCGGCUGUCGGACGGUCGCCUUUCAGCGAGUCUGCGUACAAUGUAGCAGCCAUUUUUGUUCUUGUUCAUAAUAGCGUGCGCAUAUUUUAAUGUAUUUAGAAGGAUAUUUAGGAAAAUUUUCACGAUGACUAUCAUAGUCUUUUUAAUAGAUACAUCAGCUUCUAUGAAUCAAAGAGCUUAUUUGGGCGGACGCCCAACGUUGCUCGAUGUAGCCAAGGGCGCUGUGGAAACGUUCGUAAAGGUCCGUCAGCGAUCUCCUGAAAGCAGAGGCGAUAGGUAUAUGCUUCUAACUUUCGAAGAGCCACCCGCGAACAUCAAGGCUGGUUGGAAAGAGAAUUUAGCGACAUUUAUCAAUGAGCUAAAGAACCUGCAGUGCCUUGGGCUGACAACAAUGGGUGCUGCUUUAAAGCAUGCUUUUGAUGUGCUUAAUAUAAAUCGUAUGCAGACUGGUAUUGAUACAUAUGGUCAAGGACGAUGUCCUUUUUACCUCGAACCCUCUGUUAUAGUAGUAAUUACUGAUGGAGGAAAAUUAUCUAGCAAUGCUGGCAUACAGGAAGAAUUUAACUUACCGAUGAACUGCCCUAUUCCUGGUUCAGAGUUAACAAGGGAACCAUUUAGAUGGGACCAAAGACUUUUUUCACUGGUGCUAAGACUUGCCGGCACUCCUGCUGUGGAAAGAGACACAGGUCUUGUACCCUCUGACUCUUCACCUAUAGAUGCUAUGUGUGAAGUUACUGGUGGGCGUUCUUAUUGCAUCACAUCUCACCGAAUGUUAAUGCAGUGCAUUGACAGUCUUGUGCAGAAAGUACAGAGUGGGGUUGUUAUUAAUUUCGAAAAGAUUGGACCUGAUCCACCUCCUAUCGAUGGGGGCAACAGAGAGGAACAAGAUGAAUUGAAUCCAGAUAAUGAAAAGGAAAUGGACGCUGAUGGAGAUCGAAAUGGGCGUUGGAAUGGUGGUUCUUAUCAAACUGGGAUGCCUCAGAACCAAGCAUCUAGUGCACCGCAGGCCUGGCACUCAUGUCGUCGUCUCAUCUACGUUCCACGGACUGUUUCGCAAAAAGGUUUUGCUGUUGGUUUCUGGCCUAUUCCAGAAUCUUUUCGACCUGACCCAAGUGCUCCGACAUUGCCUCCGAGAUCUGCUCAUCCAGUAGUAAAGUUUACGUGUUCGUCACAAGAACCAAUGGUUAUUGAUAACCUGCCGUUUGAUAAAUACGAACUCGAGCCUAGUCCUCUGACGCAAUUUAUCCUAGCAAGGAAACAACCUACGAUUUGUUGGCAGGUGUUUGUAGCCAAUAGUGGUUGCAAGAAUUCUGAAGUCAGUCAUCCUUUUGGUUACUUAAAAGCGUCAACAAACCUCACAUGUGUGAAUUUGUUUGUUUUACCAUACAAUUACCCAGUUCUCCUUCCCUUACUCGAUGAUCUGUUUAAAGUACAUCGUUGUAAACCUACUCAGGAGUGGAAGUUAGCUUUUCAACAGUAUUUGGAUCGAAUGCCAUCAUAUUAUGUAACGCCACUUCGCCGAGCAUUAACGAAAAUGGGUGCUUCUACCCCAUUGGUUCAGAGUUUGAUCCCAGAUACACAAGAUAAUUCACUAAGCUUUUCUGUGCUUAAUUAUUUGAAAAGACUGAAAAAUCAAGCUAAAAUAGAAUUUGAGAAGCUUUGUGCGGAUGUUAUCAAUAAAGCUUCUAGUGGAAAUAAUCAAAAGGUUGCAGAGAGUGUCAGAGUUAUGCCUCGUUCAUCUCUCAAGAAAGAUCUUACAACGCACCCAUGUUUGCAAGACAAGUUUACUGCUUUAAGAGACCAGUUGACAGAAUUUGGUGGGUUUGUUGUAGGUCUGUCACGAGGCAGGCACAAGACACAAGCCCACACAUACAGAAAUCCCUUUGACAUACAGAGGCGGGAUCUCUUAGAUCAGGUGGUUCGAAUGCGAGCUAACUUCCUGCAGCCGUCGCUGGCGCACACGCGCCUCGUGGACGAGGACAGCGUGCAUUCCAUGCCGGUGGCGCAGAUGGGCAACUACCAGGAGUACCUCAAGCGCAUGACGCCGCAGCUGCGCGAGAUCGAGUCGCAGCCCGUCCGCCAGCACAUGUUCGGGAACCCCUUCAAGAUAGAUAAGAGGAUGAUGGUAGACGAGGCGGACAUCGACCCCAUGGGUGCAGUGAGGAACAGCGGCGGCGGUGGCGCGGGUGGUAAGCGUGGCGCCGAGAGCCCACGUGCUGCGCCGCCCAAGCGUAAGGCGGGUCCUCUGCCGCAACACGUCGUGGCACGGCGUCCGUCCACGCCCACGCCAAAUGCGCCACUGUCGCCCGCCCCGCCGGUCACGCCGCCUCCCGCCGCGCCUCUGUCGCCGGUCACGACGCGCAGGCCCACCUCGCCGCUCGCGCCCGUUCAAUCCGACUUGCCGUCUGGUCGACCUCCCGAGGAACCUCCAAAUGUGGAGUCGGAAGGUCCGUCGCCGCCGCUGUCACCGCAGCCCUCUGCGCCCACUAAUCUACCGCCUAUUAUCAAACCGUUUCUUAAUGGAGACGCAUACACGACGAUGGGCAGCAAGAUGGCGCGCUCGCCGUCGCCACCGGCCGAGGCCGCUGUACCGCACGACACCCAGGAGUUGCAGAUCAACGCCAUCCUGCAGGGCAUCGCCGCCGAGAACAACUUCACCUCACGCGCCCGGAAGAGGAAACGAGUCAAGAGCGAAAAAGAAGAACCACCUGUCAUCCUGCCACCACAGCUUUCAAGGAAAGAAAUAGCUGAGAUAAGAAAACACAACCUUGAAGUUCGCUCCCAAGUCUACCGUGCUGUACGAAGGCCUGGUAGAGAUUUCACGAAGCUGUUUGAAUACUUAAAACAAUUAAAGGGUAGUGUUGAUAUAAAGAAGGAAGUGAUACGUGACGUUAUCAGUGAAUCGUUACGGUUUAAACGUAAAGCACUCGCUCAACUACUCGAAGACUUUUUAGUGGGAUUAGAAAAAAACGGAAACAGUGCCUCUGUUAAUUUAAAAAGGAUUAAUUCAUCAUAUGGAAAUACAAACUGUCAUAGCUAGUGGAAUGAGUAAGUGGUAAGAAAUGAAUCUGUCACAUGUGUUAGAAUGUUAUGCCGUAUUUAUUAUUCAAUUUUAUAGUUAUGUAGAGUAAGGCUCUGCCAAAUAUCAUUUUGGAAUCAACAUCUUAGAUUGAAAUAUUUUUUAAAUAUAUGUUGGUAAUAAUCGUUCGCCUAGUCAGGGCUGUGAAAUCACAUGCAAGGCAAUACAAAUACAAGUGUUAAACCAACUGAAUCUAAUUUAACAUGAAUGUUAUAUCACAAAAUCAUUUUUUACCUAAAACACAGUGGUCGAUUUACUAAAUGCUUAUAAGUAUAUUCGAAGUUAGACUCAAAUCUAUGAAAAAACGAGAAAACAAGAAAGAGACGUAUUUAUUUGCAAGUAAAUUUAGAGAAAUUGCUACUAUAUUUCUUUUUUUGUCAUAUCAGUAUUUGGCUUUGGAAAAAUUACAAUGUGAAUUUGUAUUUUAUUUGAUCAUUGUAAAAAGCGAAUAGAUUUUAGAAAUUUAUGGCUUUUUAAACUAAAAAAUAAAUCCUUAUAAAUUUAUCUGUUGCAAACAAUUUGCAUUUUUGUAUAUUUUAUUUGAAACACCUUAAUAAAGACAAAUAUUUGAAAUAGUUGAGAAUCUGCCACCGUUGAAAGAUGCAUUCAUGUUAUUGUGAUAAUAAUUCUAGUUUAAAAAGUUUUUAUUAUACGAUAAAAUUUAUAAAAAAAAUAUUAUGCUCAUUUAUUUAUCGUUAAUUAAUGGCAUUUAGACUGCAUUGAAAAUUUGGUAUAAUUUGAUGACCAAGCAACUUAGAAAAUUUAUACUAAAACAGACUGUAUCGAACAAAAAUGACGCACCAUUAAUAUAUUAAUAAUAUAAAACAAUACAGUUGUUUUUACAAUAAACGUAAAAAGCUAUUAAAAAUAAAGCGGCAUUUCCUUUUCACACUUAGAUAUAACUUUGUAAAAUAUUUACUUAUACUUGUAAUCGAGCUGAAUCAAAAGCAAUGUGAAUUCUACGAAUUUCGUGUUUUACUGAUUGUGUGAGAUUUCAUUGAUAUGAUGUAAAUAGUAUUUGUAAAUAUUAGAUUUUAUUAUAAUUACCAUUGAAAAAAAAACAAACAAACAUUAGGAUGCUUUUGCGCAUCAGUGGAUUCGACCUUUAGUAUGACCGGGUGUUGACAGAAUCUGAACUAAUAUCAAAUAAUAGUAUUAUUUCACAUGUAGUUCUAGAGUUUAGCGGAUUUAUUGUUAUAAAUAAAUUGGUAGGUAAAUAUUUUUUAACGAACUGCUAGUUUAUCAUUUUAAAUGAAAUGCAUUGUUAUAGAUUCUACGAAGACCCUGUCGAGCUAAAAGUCGUUUGGUCAAUUGUAAAGUGUAUAUAUCAUUUUAUAAAUAAAUUAUGAUCCUUAUUGGAUUUUUUA